AUGGUUCUUGUCUCUUGCAGUUAUGGGGAAAUUGAGGUUUGGGUCGAAGUUGGCGGAGAACGUGUCCAGGAAUUCGGAUGCACGAGCACAAAUGGCAAACUCCAAACGUGUUAUAUCCCUUCAAAAGCUGGAGAGCCAAUGCGGAAAGGGACAGCACUCAUACUGGGGGUGAACGGGGAUGGUGUGUCACUUGGGAGGAAAGGCAUCAAUGCAUCGACCCAGGGGAGGAUAGAUGCUGUGUGGGAAUCUGAAACCACCGAGAAACUGUUCACGUUUGCAUCCCUUCUUCUGACGGAGGAUGAUGUACACCAGCAAGCUGACUUAGCGGAAAAUGUUGGCACGGUGAAAAUUCAAAUUUACCGUGCGACGACCCGUAAAAUCCAAUUUACGCCUAUGAGUAUCUCCAUGCCUGGGGACCGCCCCAUACAUGAGAAGAAUAAGAAGGCUGUAUCUCACGCGAUCAGACUUGGUGAGACACGCUCGACCAACCACCUGCGUGGGUGGGUCUCUAUGACACACGUCCCUGGAACUAUCACGUAUGAGGUCGACUUCAAAUAUGCCCCAAUUGACUAUUUGCGUGCGCGGGGUAUAGCACCUCAACUAAGACCCCUCGUUCCCCCUGAACCUGCUCCUCAGCAAACAGGGAAAGUGCACGAGUCGACGACGGAUCUAGCGACAGAUCCACUCCCUCCAACAAAUAUCUGUAGUCGCGAAGAUCCUUUCCUCCAUAAGCGCAAGAAAGCGGAUGGGUUAAAGGCUGAGUUGUUCAGUGAUGAUAGUUUGGACAACCUGACCCCAGAAGAACAGGAAAUGUACGCCAUUCUUAGGAAAAAAGCGAAGGAAGGACGGAAGUCGAAGAAGCCUAAACACAGGCAUCAGGGUUCGACUGCUGCGGAAUUAAUCGUCAUUAGCGAUUAG